GAAUUAUCAUCAAUAAUGGAAAAUACUUCAUUUUUGAUUUAUUCCAAUAUCAGAUACGUUUCAAUCUGUUUACUAUUAGUAAUAAUAUUGUUAUCACCUGUGUUAAGUGAUAAUUUCAAUCAUACAAUAAUUGAUUCAUUACCAUCAUCGCAACGUUCCAUCUAUUCAUCGGCUACGAUUGUGAUGAAUGAUAAAUCAGCAUCAUCACCAAGUGCAAUAAAUUCACCAGCCGAUUUAUUGAAUCAAAUUGAAACAUCUUUGAAAAAAUUAACCAUUUCUAAUCCGGUGACAAUGAAUUUUCGCAAUAAAGAUCGGCGAACAAUAUCGUCGAGAAAUGUCGUAAAUGGUUUAAGACCCCGUCAUCAUUCUUUGUUUUGGUCAUCAUCUUCUUCAUCACCAUCAUCAUCAUCAUCAUCAUCAUCAUCAUCAUCAUCACUAAUUUCAAUGAGACAAUUAAAUUCGGCGUCAUCAUCAUCAUCAUCAUUAUCAUUAUCAUCAUUUUCUGAUAAUUCAUGUCGAUCUAAUUGUUCGGGUCAUGGUGAUUGUUAUAAUGGCACUUGCUUCUGUGAGGUUGAAUAUAGUGGUGGAACGUGUGAUCAUCCAAAUCUUAAAUAUUACAUUUCCUUUUCAACAGUAUACUAUAUGAUUUGUGUCGUAUCUUUCAUUCAGCUUAUGUUGUGUAUCAAUUCGGAAAUUGCUCGUCAAAAACCACGAUCAAUAUCAAGAGCAUUCCGUGUGAACAUUCAAAAAUCACUUUAUUUUUUUAUUUGUAUUGCAACAGCGAUUCGUGGUUUUUACUUUAGUUCUCCAUCAAAUGGUCAAUUAGCAUGGACUGAAAGUUUAAUGUCUGCUUAUUACCCGAUUCUAAUGAGCGGAUCAUCAUUGUUGGUCUGUUUUUGGGCUGAGGUUUUUCAUUUGGAUGCCAGUGUUGAACGAUCUCAUUUUUUGGAUAAAUCCUUUUUCGGAUUCAUCUUAUUCAACGGCAUUAGUUAUUCUCUUUAUUUAGCAGAAUUUCUUCUUAUAUCUUUUACGAAUCCUAAUGAUACUGAAAAGGGUUUCUUUAUGAGCAUAUUCAACAGUAUCUAUGCAUUCUUAAUGUUUGUAGUAGUUGUAUUCUUUCUUAUCUAUGGUGUCGAAGUAUAUUUCAAAGUUCGUGGAGCAUUUGCUCCUGAUCGUGAAACUGAAUCAUCCGAAUCGAUUAGCGCCGAUAUAUCCCAGCUUCAACAAUCUCGUUUGGGAUUAAUUUCUCAAGCCGUAUUACUAUUGGUUACAAUCAUCUUCAUGCUUUCUGAAGUGUUUGGGUUCCUUUGGAAAGAUAAAGUGGCCGUCUUAUCUAGAAAUUAUCAUCAAGUUAUGUUUCGAGUGGUUGAAUUUGGUGUUGCUUUGUGGUUUCCUUGUGUACUAUGGAACUGCAUACAACCUGAACAGCUUUGGAUUUUGAACCCAAGGAGAAUCCUGAAAAGAAGACAAUCACAAUUUGAUCGCCGAUCAAUGAAAUCUGUGGAUAGUGAUAAAUGCCAGUUGGCCAAUCAAAGUGUGGCCGAAUCUGAAUAUCUAGUAGGUGGCCGUUUCGAUGCUACUAAAAGCAUUACUACGACGACCACCAUCCCAGAAUGUUGGAUUUGUUAUGAAACAGCUUUGUCAAAACCAGAAGCAGGUCCAAUGAUUCAACCAUGUUUAUGUCGAGGAGAUGUAUCGGCCGUACAUCAUAGCUGUUUACUUCGAUGGCUAAUGGAAUCAUGUUCAAGCUCGACUGCUCCUGUUUCUUGUAAAGUUUGUGGCAGUGCUUAUAAGGUUGAACAUUCACAGGAAACUGUUUGGCUUCCAGCCGGAUUAACCAUCGCUCAUUGGCUUAAGACUGCGACAAUAAUAACAAUCAUGUGUUGUACGCUUGGUGGUUCCAUUAUGAUUGUCAAACUAUUUCACCAUAUGUAUGUAAAGAUGAUAUCGGUCGGAUCGGCUAUACUAGUCGAAUACAUUUGCCUUAGGUUUCUAGGAUUCAAUAUGAUUUCGGCUUAUCAUCGAGCAAAAUUAUCGGCAAUCAAAAUAAUGGGAAAACGAAUUCAAAUCAAUCAACAAAAUCAAAACAUGAAUAAUAAUCAUCUAAAUGAUAAUGGUGCUAUUGUUGAAGGAUCAUCUCCAGUUAACUUUACAAUGGCCAAAGAACAAGAAACAAUUACAUCGAACAAUCUAAAAAAUAUUUGCGACAAACAAUCACAAUCACAUGUGGAAUUAGUUGAAAUGAAUACCAACGUUUCCAAUGAUAAUAUAACAACGACGACCAAUACACCUACAUCAUCGAUCAAACAUGUAACAAUCAUCGGUAGUGAACAAUCUAUUUCAGCGCCAAUAAUUGUCUGUACAGAAUCUAGAUUAUGUUAAUGUGGCAAACUGGAACCAAAUUAAUCAAUCAAUCAAUCAAUAUAUUGUCCG